AUGUUCUACUUUCCCGGCUUGUCGUCCUGGCCGUGGCAUGACCCGGCGAGCUUCCCCUGGUGCCAGGAGAUGGAGAAGAACGUCCCCGCGAUUCGCGCGGAGUACGAGAACCUUGUGCACAAGAAGAAAGCGGCUUCCGACUACGACACCGGCGGCGACGGUGGCGAGCACAAGCUGCACUCCGGGCAGUGGGACUGGCACAGCUACGUGCUCAAGGGAAGAAGGCAGGAGGUCUUCCGGCAGCACUGCCCGCUAACCGCGUCGCUGUUGGAUAGUGUGGCGGAUCACAUGGUGGGCACGCCGUUCUCGUUCUCAUUUUUUUCCACGCUGCACGGCGGCAGCUCCAUCGCCGCCCACACCGCCCCCUGCAACCUGCGCCUGCGGUGCCACUUGCCCCUCACCGUGCCGUCCGCGGACCCUUCGCAGUGCGGGAUGCGUGUGGGCGGAGAGAUUCGACCGUGGGAAGAGGGAAAGUGCUUAGUUUUCGAUGACUGCUACGAGCAUGAGGUGUGGAACAAAACCGAGAGGGAGCGCGUGCUGCUGUUGUUCGAUCUUUGGCACCCGGACCUAGCCGGGGAGGAGAGGAAUGCGGUGACCGACAUGUUUGGGUACGCAGCAAGGCAAGGCUGGCUCAGAGGCGGCGACAAAGAAGGGAAGAGAUGA